AUGGUGAGGAAGAGAAAAAACAGUGACCAGGGAGAAGAAGAGAGAGAGACUGGUAAUAAUGGGGACAUGGAUUGGCAGCAGAUGAUGAAUGAGGCUGCAGCCUUGGCAGCUCGACGAGCCCGAAAACGCUACGUUGGGGUGCGGCAACGGCUAUGGUGGGUGGCUGAGAUAAAAGACACCAUUCAGAAGAUAAGAGUAUGGUUGGGCACAUUUGACACUGCUGAAGAAGCUGCUAGAGCUUAUGAUGAGGCUGCUUGCUUGCUCCGUGGAGCCAAUACUCGAACAAAUUUUUGGCAAUGUCCUCCUCCGUCUAAUUCAUCGCCAGUUCUUCCUUCUAAGAUCACCAAUCUUCUCCUUCAACAGCUUAAAGCUCAUAACAACACGCUCCACGAUCAUAACCAACAGAAUCAAGAACUAACAGAAGUACAAGAUACACAAUUCGUUAAUUUUGUUGACAUGUCCAACGCCACCAUUCACGAAAACAGUGAUUUGGGUGCUAACAUCAGCAACAUUAGCAGUACCAGUGAUUGCCUGACCACUAGUAUCGAAUCAAGUGUCAUUGGGAAGGAAGUUGAAUCAUCUGGUUACUGUUUGCCAUUUGAGAUUGCAGAAGAGAUGAUAGAGCCAAUUGAACAGGAAAAUGAUGGCGAAGAGCCAUCGAUGCUUACAGAGGUCAUGAAGAGGAUGAGAUAUGAACGCAAAUUCUCAGCUUCACUUUAUGCAAUCAAUGGGAUAUCAGAGUGUCUAAGGAUGAAACUUGAAUCAGGAAAUGGGAAGGGAACAACGAGGUUCAAAGAGUUUCCCAACAUUGGUAUCCACUGCAGUAAAGAUCAAGAGGAAAACAAAAAACAAGAAAAUGAAUGUGUCCAACAGGGAGUAAUCAGGAUAUGUUAA